AUGUCUCAAGAAACUGCAAUCGCCGAUGCAAAUGCCAAUGCAAACGCCGGCUUCUGGAAAGAACUCGACUCAUGGAAGACACCCGCUGCUAAAGAGGUUGGUCCUACGGUAGAGGUUGGAUCCAAGGCGCCAUGGGCUCAACAGCUUCGCCUGCCAGAUGGCAAGCCUACUCUCUUAGUAUUUCUUCGUCACUGCGGAUGUCCUUUUGCUGAAAAAACCUUCAAGUCUCUUGCCGACCUCUCAGAUAAGGUUCCCAAUGUCCACUGCGUCGCCAUCUCACACUCAUCAGAGGAGGCUACCGACAAAUGGCUGCCCCAGGUUGGCGGUACUUGGAAUGUCGACGUUGUGAUUGAUGAAGAACGCAACCUUUAUGCUAACUGGGGUCUCGGUAUCUCGUCCACAUGGCAUGCCGUCAACCCCCUUACCCUGUGGAAUGUCUUCAGUCUCGGCAAGAAUGAGGGUAUAUGGAAUCGACCAACCGAGAGCGGUUCGCGUUGGCAGACAAGCGGCGCUUUUGCUGUUGACCGUGAUGGGACUAUUCGUUGGGCUCAGGUGGCGAGAACGGCAGAUGACCUGCCGGAUCUCAAGGCGGCUAUAACUGCUCUUGGAUUUCCACCACCAGAAGAUAAACGCCACUCUAAGCAUGAAUUUUAG